CUACCAUAACUGUUUACACCGCUACUUCGCGAGCGCGUCCAUCCCCUUGAUCAUCAUCAUUAUCAUCAUCAUCAUCAUCACUAUCAUCGCCACUACCUUCAUCCCCAUCAUCACUACUACCUUCUUCACCCGUUACCUUCACUCUCAUUGUCGCGUGGGUAUCGCAGAGUGUAAGUAUCGCCCGUGACAUGUCUCGCUCGUGAGUGUCCCAGAGGUGCGCGCUCGUCCUCGAGAGGAGGUCAGGACGAGAGAUGUUGCGGACAGCGAUGAUCGGUGCAUUUCUGUCCGGCGUGGUGAUCGUCACCGCCGCUCUGCAUUCCUCUACCGCCCUGAACGGCGGCAGUGGCGGCGGCAGCGGUGGCAGCGGUGAUCCCCUUGCUCAUCACGGCCGCUGCGAGCCCAUCACCAUCAAUCUCUGCAUGAACAUCCCGUACAACGAGACGAUCAUGCCGAACCUGAUGAAUCAUCAAAAGCAGGAGGACGCCGGCCAAGAGGUACACCAAUACAUGCCGCUUGUCAAGAUGAAAUGCAGUCCGGACCUGCGCUUCUUCCUGUGCACCGUCUAUGCGCCCGUUUGCACCAUCAUCGAGAAGGCGAUACCGCCGUGUCGGUCGCUCUGCGAGAGCGCGCGCUCCGGCUGCGAGGCUCUGAUGAAUAGCUUCGGUUUCUCAUGGCCGGAGGCCCUGGACUGCGCCAAGAUGCCAGAGAACGGCGGCACGGAGCUCUGCGUAGGUACCAACGAGACCACCACGCCCCAGGAACCGGUCACUCCCCUCUAUCCCCCAGCUCGCAUGCCGGCGGAGUUUCAACCAACCUGGAAUGACGGGCUUAAACCAUACGGCGGUAGUGGCAGUGGUUUUGCUUUGGGUGCCAGAGAUUUUGGCUUUGUUUGUCCAGUCCAAUUUAAAGUUCCUCAUGGAUUAGGAUAUUCACUGAAAGUGGGAGACAAAGUGGAGCCCGAUUGUGGGGCGCCUUGCGACGGGAUGUUUUUCACUGAGAGACAGAGAAAAUUCUCAAGAGUAUGGGUCGGCACAUGGGCCUCUAUCUGUGCCGCUUCAUGCUUCUUCACGUUCCUCACAUUUCUCAUCGAUACAGAUAGAUUUAGGUAUCCCGAAAGGCCUAUUAUUUUCUUGUCUGUGUGUUACCUUAUGGUGGCACUGGCUUAUGUGAUCGGUUGGGCAGCAGGCAACUCCAUAUCAUGCAGGGAACCUUUCCCACCUCCUAUGGGUAUGCGGAUACAGAUGACCUCUACAAUUACUCAGGGUACCAAACAUGAAUUGUGCACCGUACUCUUCAUGAUCCUUUACUUCUUUGGUAUGGCAUCAAGUAUCUGGUGGGUUAUCCUCACUCUCACAUGGUUCCUCGCAGCUGGAUUGAAGUGGGGGCAUGAAGCAAUUGAGACCAAUUCGCAGUAUUUUCAUCUGGCUGCUUGGGCCGCACCGGCCGUAAAGACCGUCACUAUUUUGGCGAUGGGAAAAGUGGAAGGUGAUAUAUUGUCCGGGGUUUGCUAUGUCGGUCUUUGGAACGUGGAAGCUCUUCGAGGUUUUGUGCUGGCACCGUUGUGCGUCUAUCUUUUGCUGGGUACCGUGUUCCUACUGGCCGGCUUUGUGUCGCUCUUCCGCAUUCGGACAGUGAUGAAACACGACGGCACCAAAACCGACAAGCUCGAGAAACUCAUGAUUCGCAUCGGCAUUUUUUCUGUGCUCUACAUCGUACCUGCUCUGGUCGUGAUCGCCUGUCUCUUUUACGAGCAAGCCUACUUCGAUCAGUGGAUGCUCACAUGGAACAUGGAGAUGUGCUCGCGUCCAGGUCCGCAGUCACUCUAUUCAUUGCCAUGUCCAGUAGGCGAGCGAACUCGCGAUCUUGGUCACAGACCAGAUUUCGAAAUAUUCAUGAUCAAGUAUCUCAUGGCUAUGAUCGUCGGCAUUACCAGCAGUUUCUGGGUAUGGUCCAGAAAAACGCUUACCAGUUGGCAACAAUUCUUCCAUCACAUACGAGGUCAUCGUACCGAGGCCUAUGUUUAAGACAACUGCUUUACUCAUGAAGGUUUAUAUACCUUUUUUUUUAAUAUCAGG